CUGCGCUGCCAUGAAACCUUUGUCACCCAUACCGGAGCUCGAUGAGAUGGAAGCUGCAGAAGAAGCAUCUGUGCUUCCUGCGUCAAAGAAGCAGAAGGCGGAUGAGCGCAGCGGUCCGCUGGCAGAGGCAGACCCGACAGGAGACUCACUGCUUGAGACAGCUGACGGGACAGGGGCUGCUCAAAGCAAUUGGGAGAGAGAGCCGCUCGAAGAAGGAGAGCGGCCUGAGGAGUACAAGGAAGAGCAGCUCUGCCUGUGGGACCGCUUCGGUGGACAAGACAUCCGCAUCUUCGUUCCGCGCAGUCUCUAUUGUCAAGAGACUGAACCCACCGAAGAGGUGCUCACUCAACGCGUCUCAAAAGCCCGCCCUGUCCUACCUGAUCUGAGCAAGGCGAUUGGGGCACGUUCGGUGCAACGGAGCACAAAGUAUACGCUUGGCCAGAUAAAUGUCGGGGACAAGAAGGUGGACUUGACAUCGUUGAAGCAAGGAGACGAGUUCCUCGGAACAUUUGGCAAACCUCAGCAUGCGACAGCUGCGAGUCAGCUUAGAGCUCAUCUGAAGGAUGUCCCGAGAAAGCUGAGAGAGGGGCUGCUACCCUCAGAAGGGCCAGAAGAGGAGCCGGACCCAACGGUCGUCAUCAAAAUGAGCAAGGACUGCAUAAAGCUCAGAGAGAGGAUCCAGACGUUCGGCAUCACCGAACCAGACACCCCCGUGGACUUCAAGAGGCAGAUCGAAGACAAGACUCAGUACAUUGAGGCAAAAAGCACCAGGUUCUGCGCGGUGGGGAAGCCAGGAAGCCGCAAGAGCCUUACCUGUAACAGGCUUGCUGGCUUUCCUGGUGAGAGGGGUCCUUUCUUCUAUUGCCCCGAAACCCGAGACCACGGUACAAAAAUCACAACCUCGAUCCUCAAGACAGCUGAGCCUGGGCUACACGUCCGUACACUUCUGCGUCGGAAGAGCGUGUACGAGCAGCUUGUGGAAAGGAGGUUCAAGGCUGGGAGUAUCUCGCCAGAAGAGCUGCGAGAUAACUAUCACUGCAAGGUCAUGGAAGGGCCUGAGGGCAAGGUGCGAUGGUCCUCCCCGGACCAGCCAAUGGCGGUUCGUCCAAUCGAGGAAGUGAUUCCUGGCGUGAACCUGCUCGUCGAUCCUGUGGAAGGGGCACAUAUGUACUCGAGCGGCCUCAGCAACUACACUCCAGCUGAGCAGCUCAUGAUUGCAGAGGUCGAAAUGUCUUCCAACGCGUGGCCAGGCUUGGAUGAGGGUCAGAAGCUAGUGGACUGCGUUGGCUUCCUCGAGGCGCAAGAGGGGCAGUCAGACUUCAGGAGUGUGACGGACGACAUCGUUCGUGAGGACGUCAAGGGCGCUAACGUCAUCAUACCCUGUACCAGUGACCGUGUGCGCACAGAGGAAGACGGCAACCUUCUCGCUAAGCUGGGCCUCUUCGAUGGCACACCGGACACCUUCCCCAUCUUAGUCUGUCCCGACUUGCCGAGCGUCCUUUCGUCACUGGAGAAAGUGCACGAUGACAACGUGAACGCGUUAGCGGGCGCCUUCAAGAAACCGGAGCAGCUUGUGGCCCGAAAUGUUCCAAACGUCCAGCAUCUCAUCCAAUUGCAAGAGCCCAUCAUCCAGCAUAUCAGCGAGAAUCUCUUUGUCAUGCAGCCAGUCACGGCCCUUAACAGCCACGAACUGAAGGAGGACAUCGCCAAGAUGGUCAAUAAGGCCCAGGUGGCUGUGCUCGUGCAGAGCAUCUCCAUCUGGAUAACCUGGACUCUGAUGAAGCUCAGAGCUUUCAAAGCGCGCUCGGCCGCCCCCGUCGCUCCUCGAGCUGAAGGAGCUACGUACGAGCUCAAGUGCGAGAAGAAGAUUCGAGACGGGAUGGGCGCAUUCACAACCCAAUUUGCGGAGACGAUCGUUGGCCUUGAAGUGACUGCAAGCGAGCUCCUGGAGGAAGCAAGCAGGACUUACUUCGGAAACGUCUGGAUUCAGUUGGAGGCUGAGGGAAUUGAGGACAUGCAGCAAGCGUUCGAGCACUUGCUGGAGAGGGGUGCUGUGUCCUCCGAUAGCAAUAUCUACCAGUUCCUUUUCCAGGUCUUCGACAACGUCAUUGCGAGGGGUCGCAAAGAUCUGGUCGAGCACCAGAGUGCAAUCCUAAAGGCUCUGAUUGAGCUCAGGGACGGAAAGAAGAAGGACCUAGGAAGUGAGGCAGACGCCUCCCUCUUGCAAGCAGAAACGGCAGGCAAGCUAGCAGUCGAGAGAGCUGCACAGGGCCUGAAAAAUGGCCCGAGCGCCAUGGAGGACGCAAUCCAGUGGACGGACUCCAAUCGUGAGUGCGCCCAGUCAGGGAGGGGGUGCGACAUUCGCGAGUACAUCAACAAAGUUUGCAAGGAUGCAGUGAGGGAAGCUCUGACGAAACCAAUCCAGGAUGAGGCCGAAGACCACUUCGUCUCUAUUCUGAAGAGGUGUCUCUUGGAGUCGUCCGGGCGCACGCGCUUGGGGCUAGUCAAGCCCCUCGUCUUGAGAAUCCUGGAGUGGGCUGAGACUACCUACACCGACUUCCUGAUAGAACACUGCAAGAGAAGCCUCGAGAUGCUGAAACCAGAUUUGGAUGCAAAGCGACCCGUCGGAGGAGGACAGUUGCAGGGCGUCGUGAGCGAUCUUGCUGCGGUGGCAAAGGAGGUGAAGGAGCAAGCUAUCAAGGUCUCGAACAUGGCGACACACAAGAAGGCGUACGAGGAGCAGGCACUCCCCAAGCCACUCAUAAGGAAGCCACAGACGAGGGACAUUGCUCAGGGCAGUGUCAAACUCCUCCCGGAGGUCGACUUCCAGCAGAUCGAGGUCGUCAAAGUUCCUGGCCUGGAGAUCGCCCUCUCGGAUCUGGUGCCGGAGCCAGCAGCGAUGGGAAAGCAGGUUGUGACCGGGAGGAUGGAGGUCGGUGAAGAUCUGCUUCCGAUCGUUGACGCAUACAACCGCGCCACCACCAACGCAGUGAAGGAGCGCGGUGCUGCCGGGCCUAAGACCACUGACCCUCCACGUGUCGUCUUCUACCCGUCGGAGCUUCAACCGGGGCAGAGGGACAGCAGCGUCCGGUUUGACUUCCGUCCGAGCCAUCCACAGGGCAUCGGUCGCACCAUGUGGAGCCCCAUUUCUUAUGUCGUAUGUCGGGAGAGCGAGGCUGAGAACCACCGCCGUCUCCUAAACGGAGUCGAGGGCACUACCCUUGUCACCGUCCCCAACGACAGCAAGAGGCACGUGUACUACUCGGCUGCUCAAAUCGUGUACUGGCUCCUGCACAAGCCAGACUUGGAGGAGGGCUACGGCAGCUAUUUCCUCAUGCCGAACAACGUCGAGGAGAUUAUCGAGGUCUCCCCGAAGUCGUUUGCGACACAAGGGUCCAGUCUCCAGCGGUGGAGCACCUUCGCGCAGCAGGUACUGCAUCAAGAGCGACAGCGGAAGGGGAGGGCCUUGCUGGCCUACAUGUCGGUGCUGUAUGGGCCCUUCCAUCUGGCGCUGAUGGAGGCGCUGAACGCAGACAAUAGCGGGGAGAUCGUAAAGGUCAUGGGGGCAUUCGGGGAGCUCUUCCCUCCAAACCACAAGCGCCUAACCUUCCCGAAGUCCGAGAUAGAGGACCUGGUGAGAACGUGCAAGGGCCCCCAUACACGGGAGCUGCUGCAGAAGAUGCUGCAGCAUCUUGAGACUACUGUGGGCGUGAGCUGCCACCUGGCUCGCUUUGGAACGCAGACGUUAAUGUCGGACGCUUAUCCGGACAACGUUUUCCAGCCAAGGACAGCAGCGCCCGCGACCACCUUCUGGCUUGUCGACGCCCGCGGAACGGCGGUCGUCUCGCCCCUCCACGUGGCAGGCUUCAACCAGAGCCCUCACGAGGACUUCCUCCCGUGCGCACGGCGUUUGUACAAGCCGUUCGACGCACUCGGAUGGCGCAGCCUGGCAACCCCGACCUACCACUGGAGGCAACUGCGGCAAACCUACAACAAACCCGAGAGCGGUUUCCUCUACAAGCAACCCGUUGACGCCCUGAGCUUGACGAAGAUUGAGAAGGCUUUGAGAAAUCAGCCUACUCUCAAGAGCUUCUCCAAACCGGAGGGCGCUCUUGCUCUAGAGGCUAAGCUGCCCGCUUCGAGGACGGUGUUGCCCUCCGCCGAGAAGCUGCGUGACUCGGGCGUGCGGGGCAACGGCCUUGCUCUCGCUAUCGUGUCAUCUGCGCUCAAACAACAACCUCGCACGCUGAGGAGUCAGGUCGGCGCUCAUGUGAAGAAGAAGUACGCGUCCCUCAAGCUUCCAAGGGUGACCUCGCCAGCAGAGGCCGGGCAGUGGGCAAACGAGCACGCGCAGGAGGGCUCAGGCCUGGAGCUCGACUUCGUGCAUGCGGCAGCCAGCUGCAAGGGCAUCAACUUGGUGGUCGCUCUCGUGAACAAGGCCGGGCAGCUUCGGUACUACCAGGCCAUUGGCGAUGACAAGAAGCCGGAGGUGUCGUAUGUGUUCGGUUUUGCAGACGGCGUUUACAGCCCUAUCGGCUGGCGGAAGGACGAGGACGAUGAGUAGGUCGUGCCCAGGAGGAGUUGUGGUUGCUCAGAACAGUAUCUGUAACUGAGCGGUUGUAAAUUACGUCGGUUAGGGUCAGCUAAGUGUCCUUGUGGGUGUCGGUCACGUCUACCGCGCUGGUUUCGAGAGAGAAGCCUCGCAGUUGAAGACUGACGUCAGAACUGAUCAGCGGUCGGUCUCACUUAUUGCAAGGGGCUUGUCUAGUAUGUACAUUACCUUAAAUGAACACUCGAGAAGAUGUUUGUCAGGCUAAAAAAUAGCGUCCUCCUACACCCUCAAGCACCGACUUUACAGUCUCGAUGCAAGAUGCAACCCUGCCC